CAGAUUUUGAACAAAAUUAGUUUAAUUGUAAAAUUACGGACGGCAUGUUUAACUAAAACUGAAUCAUUUUUAUUUGUUUAUAAAAAAAAAUAACGAAAAAUACACAAAAUAAUAUUAAAUAAAAAAAAUUUAAUUAAAUUAUUAAUGUUUUUGCCAACCAAUAAAAACAAAAAUUAAUAGUUUUAAUUAAAAAAACAACAGAUGAUUUUCAACAAGAAAAACCUCCAAAAACCAAAUUAUUAAUGUUAAUCAUAAAACAUUACGCAAGAAAUUUAUUAAACAACCUCAGUAUUACCAUUAACUCCUUUAAGACGAACAUCUCCACUAAAUAGCAUCUAAAUUUUCCAGCUUUAAAAUUUACCAGGAUAGCAUAAAUAAAUCUUAGAAAAAUGUUUGUUAAAAGAUUUGUUGAAUUCAGCCAUAAAUAUAAAAUCAUACGUGGUAUGAUUUCCUACGGAUUACUAUAUCCCUGUGGUUCUUUGGCCGAACAGACUCUGAUAGAGAAGAAGACAUUUAAGACGUAUGAUUGGAAGAAAUGUGCCAAAUUUAGUUUAUUUGGUUUUUUCUUUAUGGGUCCAACAAUCUAUGCCUGGAUGCGUUUGGCCAGCAUUAUGUGGCCACGCACCGACAUUAGGUCCUCAAUGUGUAAAGCGAUAACAGAGCAAGUAGCCUAUGAUCCAAUGGCGAUAAGUACAUUUUUAUUUACCAUGAGUUUAAUGGAGGGUAAAACCAUAGAGGAAGCUAGACGAGAGGUCAGCUCUAAAUUCUUUGAUGCAUACAGAAUUGGUAUAAUUUAUUGGCCAUGUGUGCAAACGAUUAAUUUUGCAUUUGUGCCAGUCCAGAAUCAAGUCAUUUUUACAUCAUUCUUCAGCAUGUGUUGGACAACAUUUUUAGCGUAUAUUAAAUUUUUGGAAUUACCACACGUUGAUGUCGAUGAUCAUUUGGAUCAUCAUUUGGAUUUACAUUUUCAUAUACAUUUUUGAUUUGGAUGUUAAUAUGUAAAUGGAUGUAGUACUUAGCGCCAUGUAUCAAGCGGGCUUGUUAAAGGAGUGUUGUUUUAAAGUACCUAUUUAGAUAAUAAUAAACAUUUUUGAAAAAAAAGUUGUACAAUAAAUUUUGCAAUAAAUGGAUAAAUAAAUAAAGUAAUGUGUUUAGUGUAUGAAAAACAAAA